GGACUUGGUCUUUUCAGAUAAGGUCGUUGGAUGGAUGCGGUUGAUACUUUAGUGCUCGUUAAGUUAUUGAAGUGAUUAGUUCACAAGACAAGUUGGCUCCGAGUUAUAUUUUGCCGUUCGACUCUAAGACAAGACUUUCUGUUGCCUGAAGAUUAUUAUCAGUUAGAAAUUCCCAAAGCGAAUGCUCAGGAAUACUCAACAGUUGUGUGUAGUUUCGAAUGGAAUGAGAAUUCAAGAACAGAAAGCAUUUGUUUCGCAGUGAAUUACUUUUCGAAUUCGGACGGUAUAAUCUCGCUAAAUUGAGUUUGAGUGCAUCGUCUUGGGAAACGCGGUCGGUACAACGCAUAACUUCGGUUGAUGACUUGCCCAUCAAGUGAACGGAUCUUUUAAGUUGUUUUAAAAAUAAAUUAGCAUUCAUCUUUCGUUCCACACCCUAAAAAUCAACAAAUAUGGAAUAUCGGUGCUGUAGCAGUUCGAUAAAAAUAUUAACAUUUUUACUAGUUUUCACAUUGCACAAACACACGGUAAAUUCAUCACUAUGGUCAAGUUAUACAGAUGAAAAAUGCAGCGGCGGAGCAGGUUUAAAGUAUCUGUCUGGUGAUGCGCUAACAGAUUCACCAAACUGCCUGGGUCCAAACAAUGUGCCAUAUCCCAGUGCAGCUGUUGCAAGGACAUUUUCAAGCUGGAAUGGAUCUUCGCGACGUGGUAGGCAAAGCCAAUUGCCAACGUUGGAUCCACAUGUAACAAAAAGUGCACUUUUACGAGCAUACAAUGAAGCCAAUUCGGAAGAAACAGAAGGAUCAAGAAUGCGUCGUUCGCUUAACUCUUCACCGGAUCAGUGUCGAAGCACUCCCGCCCGGCUAUGCAAAACAAGAUAUAACACUACAGCGCCCAUGUAUGGUGUGAGUCUGACCUCAGGUCAACCAGUCACGAUAGUACAAAAAUUCCCAGAUCUUUUACAGCAGGUUGUCUUCGAAGUAUGCGAAUCAUCAGAAUGUGAUGUUGUUCGAGGUGAAUGCACUCAAACAUAUGUUCCAUAUUUAUUUUUGGUGAUUCCUCUGGGUCCAGUUACGCUAACCGGUCAAGAUUACGUCCUCGUCGAGAGCGGUUGUGUGUGUAAACCGAAAUAUUCCUCUGGAGCCUUACAAGAACCAAAUAUUAUACCCUAAUUGAAAACAGUCUGAUAAUUUUUUAGUUACAUUCUCAUCGAAAAUAUUUAUUGAUUUUUAUUUUAAUUUUAUCUGUUCUCCUUUAAUAUCUUCAUAUUUCACCUUAUGCAUACACGAUCCAGUGUUUGAGUAUUUUUGUAUUGAGAGUGAUGAUUCUAUCUCCUGAAAUAAAAAAAAUCACUUUCUAUUCCUUCCUUUGUUCUUGGGAUAUUUUUCUUUGUCUAUUCCGUCAAAAAUAGGACUAAUCACUUUCAAUGGACUUUUAACUUGAGAAGAAACUUAUUCCAACUUUGGAAGGUGGAAAAGCUAGAAAAAAACUAAAUUUACAAAUUAUUUCUGAUAAAAUCCAAGCGUAUUCAAUUUCAAUGAAAUGAACAAUUUCCAAUGCUAAGUAUAUCAGCUUUGAAAAUGGAAUAUUUAUUUUUAAGUCAAUAAAAUACUAGAAACGAAUUGGAAGAAAUGGUUUGUAAAAUUUAAUGGUAAGCAAUUAAUGCAAGGAAGUGACAAUAUAAAUUAUACAUCAUUAAAUUGUACAAUUUAAGGCUAAGAUAAUUGUUUUAUUCUAUUUAUUUCUAGUAGUCUUAUGUAUUUUGUAAUAUACAAUUACAUUUUUAAAUAAAUUUAAUUAAUUCA